UAUUCGUUUCUCUGAGUUCGUCGAGAGCGGUUCGCCCCGAUCGGUAGCGCUAUAUCCUAAAUAUAUCCAGUGCGCAGUGCGCUAAGUACCCGAAAAAGUCAACAAACUUCGCUCUUACAACGACUGCAAGUUGUAUAAAUAAACAAACUACUAAAAGUGCUGCCACAGGGCGUUCAUACAAUUUAAAACUCAUAAGAGAGUCACAAACGAUCGUUUUGUCAGUGGAAUUGCAGUGUAGUGUGCUUAAACCACCAACCGCAAACCGUAACCAAGUGCUAUUAAACCAAGGCCUUUGUUUAUAAUAAAUUUAUAAACAAUUGCAGUGUGAAAUUUCACUUUUGAAGGCAGCAAAAAGCUUAAAAAAAGGCUGCCCCAUAAACGCACACACAGGCACAUUCGCUCUCCCACACACUCACACACACGAACGUGUGGAGACUGUGAUUUGUAUUCGUGUGGAGACUGCUCUUUGGCUCUCUUUUGGGGCCCGAAAACAAAGUUUUGGCGCCAAAAGUUUGACAGUUCGCUUUGGCGUGCGAUUCGCAAACAAGUGGCAAGAAAACUGCGUCUCAAAACAGACCAGAAAAACACUAGAGCAACGAAAAACAAAAAUAUAGACAACAUGGUCAGUGCCCGAGUUCUGAAUCCAGCGAUGCUCAGCGAGUUCUGCAAGAUGAGCAGCAGUCCGGCGGUGAGUCGCAAUCUGCCCUGCGGUCGCCAACUGAAUCGCAUCAAGCGUGACCUUUUUGGCAGCUCCAAAUCCGCCGAGGGUGCAACCAACAAAACACCCUUCAAUGCCGAACUGGAGCGCCAUCAAGAAUUGGCUACGCAAAAGUGGGGAUUCGACUUCCGCGCCGGCUGCCCUUUGACCGAAAAAUCCUCCUUCAUCUGGGAGCGCGUCAGCUUCCAGGAGUCUAGCUUCGCCCCGGAGAUGUACACCCUCACCAGGGCCGCCCACGUUCGUCCCUCCGCCGACAGCAACCCCAGCGACAUGGACGUCCUGGUCAACGAGCGCUCCGAGCGCGAAAACUUCGGCUCCAACCUGGUAAACUCCUCGAUGGAGUCCAACACGGACAACGACUCCUGCUACGACUCACAGGACGAGUCGCUGACGACGCGGUUUACCUCCUCCAACCUGGCCAGCACCUCCUCGAUAGUCCUGCGCAAGCGACAGCCCAAAAUCACAGAAUUCAUGAAGGAGCGCAAGCGUUUGGCUCAGGCCCCCAAGAAACUAUCGCCCGCAAAGCGUCUGCGCACCAGCUCACCCAGUUCAUCCGCCAGUUCCAGCGGAGGAUUCGCUUUGGGGACGCAUUUCGGGGCGAUGCUGAAGCGCCCGCGCCACAACUAAAACUUCAGAUUCGCUGGCCAACCCACUGAAUUGCAAUUUGUAAUUUUAUAUGAUUUUUUUAUAAGCCACUGCGAUUGUGUAGUAUUUCCUAAUUUUUUAUUACGAACCUUUUAUGCAGUGCAAGGGCGACAGUUGCGAAUAUUAAUCGUUAGUCUUCAACUACUCGUAACCAGUAAUUAGUUGUAAGCCAGCCAGUAAGCUCGAGCUACAUGAAACUUUUUAGAUUUCUCUAGUGAGAAAUGCCAUAAACUAAGUGAUUAGUUCUUAACAACAACCAACUAUUGAACUAGAAGAGAGAGAGACCGCAAGCUAAAUGGAAUUAGUCUUAACUAUCUUGAAGCCAAACGAAAUUUAACCUUUAUAACGAUGGAAUACUAACUUUACAUAACUUUGUAAAAUCCUAGCAAAUUUCUCCGGCAACUUUUGCAUUAGAAAUUUGCCGGGAGAGAACAAAACUCAUCCCUUCUCUGCCCUCUAAGUUAACCCAAACUGAAACUCAGGGCAGAGCAGAAUUGAAUUUUGUUUUGCACUUUGAAGGCGCUAAAACGGAGCCACAAUGAGCCGGUUUUUGGUUCAUUGCCGCCUUGUUUUUUCGACCCACUAACAUUGUCCCCAAUUCGACCAGUGGAAAACAAACGAAAAAAAAAGAGGAAUGCCUUUGAAUUAUUUUCGUCAAUUUCUGCAUGUUUGGAUGCCAUUUAUUCGAUGGCCGCCAAAUGCACACAAAUUGUCGAGCUCUCAUUUCUUAACCAGUGGUAAAAAUGUAUUUUAUGAUUUGCUAUGAUCUCUGGCAAAUUAUGAAAACACUUUUGCCUAAAACUAUCAUGUACAAAUACUAGAUAACUAUACUAUACACAUAGGCAGAGCCUAUUUUUCAUAACAUUUAUACAAAGCAUCUAUUUGUAAGGCCUAACUAAGAACAAAAUCCAAAGUAUUCUCCUAAUAUUUAUAUGUAUAGAUACUUUAUGUAUAAUUAAAUCAUACACAACUCAUACUUCAAUAAACAAAACACAAAACACAA